CAUCGCUAUCGGCUUCCGAAUUCUCCCCGUGGGAGAUAAAAGUAAUCCCAUUUUCCCAUUUUCCCAUUUUCCCUCUCUCUCCUCCCCCCUCUCUCUCUAACCUCACAUACCUGCCCCCUUCCCCUCCCCUCCUCUCCUCUCAGGCCUAGCUCCAACCCCGAGGAAACACCCGGCACUUGCCUAUCCACCAUGUCUCAGCAGCGCGACCAGUAUGAGGGCUUCCAGGUCGAGUCGCCCGAGACCUGGACCCAGUUCCGCAAGAACAAGUUCGACACGAAGCCCUUCGGCGACCACGACGUCGAGAUCAAGAUUGAGUGCUGCGGCGUGUGCUCGAGCGACAUCCACACCAUCAGCGGCGGCUGGGGCGCCCAGCGCUUCCCGCUCACCGUCGGCCACGAGAUCGUCGGCAAGGCCCUGCGCGUCGGCCCCAAGGUUACCCUGAUCCAGCCGGGCCAGCGUGUCGGCGUCGGCGCCCAGUCUUGGUCCUGCCUCGACUGCCGCCAGUGCAAGAACGACAACGAGACCUACUGCGCCAAGCAGCUCGACACCUACGGCGCCGUCUGGCCCGACACCGGCAUCGUCACUCAGGGCGGCUACUCCUCCCACGUGAGGACCCACGAGCACUGGGUCUUCCCGAUCCCGGACGCGAUACCGAGCCACCUCGCGGCGCCGAUGCUGUGCGCGGGGAUCACGAGUUACAGCCCGCUCGUGCGCAACGGUGCUGGGCCGGGCAAGAAGGUGGCCGUGGUGGGGCUUGGCGGGCUCGGCCACUUCGCCGUGCUGUUCGCGAAGGCGCUCGGGGCCGAGACGUGGGUGAUCUCGCGGACGCACAGCAAGGAGGCGGACGCGCGCGCGAUGGGCGCCGACGGCUUCCUCGCGACCCAGGACGAGGGCUGGAACCGCGACCACCGCAUGACCUUCGACCUCAUCAUCAGCACCGCCAACAGCUUCGGCGACGGCUUCGACCUGUCCGCCUACCUCGCCAUCCUCGACGUCCACGGCAAGUGGAUCUCGGUCGGGCUCCCCGAGGAGUCCACGCUCAACAUCAAGCCCCAGGACCUCAUCGACAACGGCUGCCUCAUCGGCUCCUCCCACCUCGGCAGCCGCCGCGAGAUGCUCGAGAUGCUCGAGCUCGCCGCCGACAAGGGCAUCAAGUCCUGGGUCGAGACGGUGCCGCUGAGCGCCGAGAACCUCGCCGCCACCUUGAAGCGCCUCCACAGCGGCGACGUCCGGUACCGCUUCACCAUGACCGACUACGACAAGGUCUUCGGCGCGUGAGGGGUGUGUGUGCGCGUGUGUGUUGAGUCAUGAAUAAAAAGCAAGUCAUGGUGGGGUAGGGGAGGCGAGAGGGUGUACAGAUGGGAUAGGACGGAUGGGAAUGAGAGGAAUGGCGUGAAUCGUGGAGUGCGGUGUGAGUUUCUGGAAUCGUUUACGCAUCCGCGUUAGGCGCUAGAGAAGAGAGAGACGGACGUCGAUACCUGGGUUUGAAAUAGAAAUGUCGAGAGAGAGUAUAUAUAUGCGAAAGGAGAGAAAAUUGAAAUUAGAAUACACCUAUCUGUUUUCUUAGGCCGUCCUAGUAGAGACCUAGGCCGAGUGAUGCGAUGUCCAUAACCCUCAAGGGGGGAUCGAUAGAUAUAAAGCAG